CUUACCGAUCCAAAUACAAAAGUAACUACGAACAAUAACACUCCUCAUUUUCUCAACUAACUGUGACUUUUUCUUCAUAUUCCUUAGACUAACGGUGACUCUGAUUGUGAUCUCUAGCUUGAAAAUGAUUCAUCUCUAUGUCAUGUAUUUUGUUGUUAUCAAUAAAUCUGACUAAUACGUUGCCUGGCAUUUGAAUUUUCACUAUUCCUGAAUAAUACAUACCAUGAUUUUGCCUCAUCAUCAUAGAUCAAAACUUUUUAAAAUAAACUACCAAAAUCCUAUCGCGUCUAACCUUUGAUUACAGAAUCAUUCUUCUAACAAUCCAUAGUCACAGUAUCGAUCUUUCCACUUUCGCACGAAACCAUAUAUGAUAUCAGUGCAGAUUUCACCAUCCUGAUAUCCAUAAAUGUCUAACAUGCCAUUCCAAUUUAAAUAUUCGUUCAACUCUUCAUCUAUCCCAGUCUUUCAAUCAUUCCAGAUCAGUCUGAGCACGUGUGAUAGGUAUGUUGAGAUUCCUAUCAUCUUGAGAGUGUGUGAUCAAUGCACACAAGUAUCUCGAUGCGGGUGUGGGUGUAGGUGCGGAUGGGUUGAUAUCUAUGUGAGGGUGUGAGGCGGGUGCGGAUGGGUUGGUAUCAAUAUGAGGGCGCACUAUGAGUGCAGAAGGAUUAUCAGCAAAAUGAGGGUGUGUGGCGGGUGUCAAGGGCUUAUCACAGCGGUCAUAGCAUGCAAAUUAGCGUGCAGCAAAACUGCGGAGAGCUUAACAGUGAAGCGAGGAUUCCCAAUGCCCAGGGACAGUGUAGAACUGCAGCAACCGCACACCAAGCGUACUACACUACUGAAAUAUUUCAAAAAAACCCCUUCAACUUUUCAAAAUAUACCUAAGCACCCAAAAUCAGAUUUCAAGUUUAAACAGCUGCGCAACAUCACACUGAAGUCAAACUAGCACCGAUAUGAUAUAUCUCGUAUCAAAAAGCCACAUGUGUUAGCUCAAACCACAGGGACAUCAGCGAAAGAGAACGAAAGAGACAGAGGAAUCGAAAAAAAUUACCUUCGUGGGACUCGAACCCACACCUUCUGUUACCCGGGCAGAUGUCCUAAUCCAAUUAGACCAGAAGGACCAUCUUAAUCUCUUGUCUAGGGUGGGUGAUUCAUCACAAAGGCGAACCACGAGCCAACAGCACUCUCCAAUAAAGAAAUAAAAACAAGAUCUCUAAUCUUCCACAAGAUGUCACCCUAAUCCGAUGUUACUACCCAUUCACCUCAUUCCUUCUCAGCACCAGAAUUCAAUAUAUAAACAACGCGAAGAUAAUCUAUAUUGUACCAGUCGCAACCAUAUCAGCGGUACAUUGAACACCUUCUUAUCGACUAUCUGUCGAACUACGCAGAUUAUGUAAGCUUAUCUAUGAUCUUCCGAUCAUUUGGAUAGCUUAUACAGUCUAAAGCCAUCUGAUGAUUCCUUUAGCCGGGAUGAAAUCGCGAUAAUGGCGUGCUUUGACUCACACUCCAACCGAAAAUCAUGAUUCUCAAGAUGGGAAUUCAGUAUCACCAACGACGUCAUCAUCUCAGCAGGCAUCAUCAGACCUGUUUUCGUCUCCUACCUUAGAGAUAGAAGUGUCUCCAUUAAAUAUCGCUGAGGCAAAUAUGAUUGACGGAAUCAACACCGCCAUUCAACGUCUCCUAAAUCGACCUAACCAUCAACCACCCUACACAGCUGUCUUUCGAUGGACCAUUGAUGACGAAUCAAGUGGUCAUUACAGUGUUACAAUUACGAUCAAUGAACUGCCAGUUCGAAAUUAA